AGCAGAAACAAAAGGUAGGUGGCAAGAAAAGAAAGUAAACACGUUUGGAGAAAUAUCAAGAGUAGUAAGUACACUUGGAGUAUCUGUCAGUCUAAACACCCAUUCGUACUAAAUCAAUGCUUAAAGUAGUACACGUUGAACAAGUAUUAUAAGAAUUUUCAAGUUUAUUGGUAUGAUCCUAACUUAUAGUAUAAUCUAAUCACCAAAGCAGAUAAGAUGAUAGAUUGAUUAGCUAGUAGUAACAUAAAAUUCAGAGAUUUUACUCUGUAAAGUGUAAAGUGAAAAGGGUGGGUGGAUGGGCGAUGGAAGUGGUGCAUUGGUACAGCGUCGUUUCAGUGGUUGUUGUAGUAACAGCAGCUGUUGGCUCCGUUUACGUUCUGUGGAGGAAGAACCACGACCAUACACAACCUCGUGCAGCUGGAAUUGGAACAUCUGAUAGUCUUCUAUUCAAUACUAAAAAUAAUCCUAGUAGUAGUGAAAGCAGCGACCAUUAUUGGAGCAGCUGCUGGAGUGGCUUACAUCCUGCUUACCUUGUUGUGUUUCGGCUGCUCUCUUUAUCUGCCCUUGCUUUCUUCUUAGCAUGGGAUAUCCAUCAUUGGGGUCCUUCCAUCUUUAUCUAUUACACCGAGUGGACUUACUCUUUAACUAUGAUGUAUUUCGCGAUAGGGACUGUUAUCUCUGCUCAUGGUUGCUGGUUAUUACACAAACAUAACAACAAUGAUACUCCUUGUUUACAAGAGUCUCCAGGAAGAGGAAGAGUUGAUUUGGAAGAUAUUCCAACAACAACAUCAAAUUUGAAUUAUGGAAAACAGCAAACCCCUGGAUUUUGGGGAUAUCUUAUGCAAAUUACAUACCAGAUAAGUGGAGGUGCUGUUAUUUUGACUGACAUUAUAUUUUGGUGUAUUAUUGCCCCUGCGUCUUCAAAUACACGCCUUGGCUUGACCCUGCUGAUGGGAUGCAUCCAUACCGUGAAUGUGGCCUUUUUGCUUCUCGACACUUGCAUGAAUCGGCUUACAUUUCCUUGGUUCCGGCUUGCUUAUUUUGUGCUGUGGAGCUCAGCAUAUGUCAUCUUUCAAUGGCUCAUACACCUCUGUGGUUUCACUUGGUGGCCAUAUCCUUUUCUAAAGCUGUCAACACCUCUGGCUCCUCUCUGGUAUCUGGUCCUAGCUGCAUGUCACGUUGUUUGUUACGGGCUGUAUGCAUUAAUCGUGCGAGGGAAGGAUUUGCUCUUUUCCAAAUUAUUUCCACAUUCAUAUAUUAGAUCACAGUAUUAAUUCAGCUACCCUUCUAUUCUUCCUCAAGAGAUUUGGAGGGUUAUAUGUACUCUACUUUCUACUUAAAUUCGGAAUUAAAGAUGAGAUUGAUUGAUUCUCAUAUUUAGCUACGACUUUAAGUAUUAUUUACAAUAUUGAACUGUAUCACUGAUUCUCUAUAUCUCAAUUAAAUGAAAUGUUUUCAUACAUGGAGGAAUAAGAAAAUCCUUUUUUUUUUUUUUUUUAAUAAAAGUUUUCGCCAUUCCAAAUAGAUAGAGCAGGCAAUCAAGUAGGCAUGUCACUUGUGUGAAACAAACAAUACAAGCAAGAAUGUUAGCUAUUGAUUACAUCCUUCAAUGGUACAAUAAUAAGAUUAAGCAGCUAUAUAAGUUAGCCAAUCAGCUAUAUUAAGCCUAUAACAGAUUAAU